AUGCGAAUACUCGUUCGCAUUCUCUCCCUCACCUUCCUGCUCUUCAUUGUCCACACGACGUCGUCUCCUCUAUGGUGGGACGACCACCAGGAGCUGCCGUCCACCACAACAGGCAGCAUCGGCUACCCAAUCCGUCCUCGGGACCCAGCAAACACCUCCGUCAACCCUAACGCCGUGACUGGAACAACCUGUAUAGACCCCACCGCCGUCCUCAACACACAUGACACCAACGUCGCCAUCCUGUCGAUCUGCGGCGGCAUCGCCGGCUCAAUCCAGUUUUGCGGGGGCGACCCAUCGACGACGGUUGGAGCGUCGGGGACAUCAAAGUUUACAUUGACAGCUGUGAAUGCAGCCCAGGGCGCCACGAUCAACGUGAGCAAGGGGAGAUGGGAAGGGUGUGUGAGAGCAGCACAGGCUGUCUGUCCGACAGGGACGUUUAGCAGCACGUGUGUAGGCGGGACUAGUGACGGAGUCGGUUUCACUUUUGUGCUGAGCGGGAAUAAUUGA